AUGCUAUUCUCGCAAAGAAGUGCCUGUGACCGGUGUCGCGCGCUGAAGAGCCGGUGCUCAAGAGAGAACGGCGCCAAGAAGUGCGAGAGAUGCCAGCGUCUUCAAAUCGACUGCUUCUACAGCCCUCCCCGCCGCAUGGGCAGACCGGCCAAGAAGCGCUUGAGCCAGGAGGUCACCACUCAGUCAACGCCCCCAGUCCAGUACCGCCGAUUGUCAACAAUGUCCAACACCACAUUGCAAACAGCCCAGUCUGAAGGGUUUUCACCCAGCGUCACCGAAGCCGAAGACUUCCAGUACGGUCUAGGUAUCAUGCCCAGCCCUUCAGCUGGAGGCGGAGGACACGAGUGGACCGACAACUUCGAAGACCCGUUGCUCGGGUUUCUGCAAGAACACAACACAAAGCUUAUGGCGACCAAUUGGAUGAACACUGGCUCGUUGGGGUUUCUAGGCCAUCACGAGAAUGCUCUCGCGGCUGGGCCGCACGACCUGCCCCUAACUCCAACGACCGUCGGCUCUCUGCCGAACAACACGGACGACUCUUGGACAUCUGGUAGCGAUCAAGGGCCUGCCAUAUGUCAUGCCGAAUCAUACACCGGCGCCACGCUCCCGCCCUCGCCCGAUAUUAACGUGGGCUCGUCCGAGCCAGCAAUCAAGCGUCUUCUCGACCUUCAGUCGCUGUUGAUUGCGAGGCGCAUAGCAACCUCACAAGAACAAGAGGAUCUAUCAACCCUCAUUAACACAACGGUACAUGCGACCGAGACGCUUAUAGACGUCGUGGAGAGCUUACCGCCACUGAGACCGAGCCCGGAAGCAACACAACCGGCCUCACCGGUAUCAUGCUGGGGCCAGGCACUAGAUGCUGGACCCUUCAACACUAGUGCGCCCACACAUGCGGCACCAGAACUGCACGAUCCACAUCAGCAACAGGGUCAACGUCAGCAGUACCCCGAUCUCGCACUCACGAUUUCUCUCUUCACGACAGACCAUCUUCUUCUCCUAGAUUCAUACGAUAAUCUUCUCGUCGCACUGAGGGCUCGCCUGCAAUGUCCACGGCAGAGCCGACCGCCGAGCCCCGGGGGUGACUUCAACCUGCCGCAGCAUUUUUUCAACAACGCUUCAGGCGGGCCCUUGAACAAAUUCAGCCUCGUCAGCUCCUUCGACCUGGAUAUCAACUCGGUCGUCUUUCUUUUGUCUCGAAUGAUGAAGAGGCUACAGAAAUCCAUGCAAGACCGCUUUACCUACGGACCAGUUGCGUCUACUUCCGACGCACAGCUCAAGGGUCGCGGGUUCCCUUUUUCCAACGCAUCUCUCAACUUUAAUUUCCAAGACGGUGUCAGCCAUAAUUUGGAUGUCGCCUCAGAGUUGUCUCCGACCGGGGGCCACCCUCCGAUUGCAAAUAUGGGGGACUAUGCCUCGUGGGAGGCCAGCAAGAGACACCAGAACGUGACGGAGUCGCUCCGGGUUAUCAGAUGGCUAGCGGAUGAAUUAUGA